GCGCAGAUCACGGCGCCAUUUUGGAUCUACAGCUGCUGGAGCAGGAGCUAACAGUUUUGUUUCGGAUUUAUAGUUUAAACAUCACGUGUUUUGUCUGUUUGUUUAUCCAGUGUUUUUUUUUAACUUCACGGAGAGUCCCCGAAGCCUCCCGGGGCCCGAGCUGGAGCGCACAUGGACGGGGAAGAGGACGAGUUUAUGCCCAGGAGCCACUCUGAUGAUGGAGGUGGAACUCCAGUCCAAGACGAACACCCGCAGUCAGACGCAGAGGAAGCCAAAAGCGACAGACGUCAAUCAGAGGAUGAGGGCAUUAAUGAUGAGACCGCACAGCCGAUGGACACCAGUGGAGCCAUGAGCGAUUCCGAAGGAGAAAUACCCAGGAAAGAUCAGGAUGAGGACAGCGAAAACGAGCUGGAAAAAGACCAGGAAGAGCACAGCGACAACGAAAUCAAAGGGCACGAUCCGAGCAACGACAUGGAACAAAUGAAAGAACUUGGAGACAUGAGUGGAAGUGACGAGGAAUCUCCAGAAAAACAUAGAUCCAGCGUUUCCGAGGAUGAAUCUCCGAGCAAACAGCCCCAGUCUGACCAGGAGGAGGAUCCAUCCAGUUCACCCAAGCGCAGGGGCAGCAUGUCGGAUGCAGAGGAGGGAGGAGAUGUUGCCCGGGAAACAGAAAACGCAAACAAAAUUACGUCUGACUCGGAAUCUGAAAAACAUGACAGUGAUUCGGAUCGAGGAAUGAGAAAGAAAAAGAGACAGUUGGACUCGGAUGAUGAAGAGACGGUGGUAGAGAGAGGGGGGGAGGAGAGGGGGGAGAAAGAGGGAGAGGGGGAGUCAGGGAAGUGGAAGGGAGUGAUGCAGUCCGACAGUGAAGAAGAGGAAGGAGAAAGGAUGAAGGCUAAGAGCGAGGGAGAACAAAAUGGAGGACAGAAGGACAGUGGCGAUGAAGACGACAGACCAGUUAAAAGGAAAAAGGCCAUUUUGUCUGACAGUGAAGACGAGGAGGAAGAAAAGGCAGACGAACCUGUGAAGAGGAGUAGAGCGGUGUCGGACGGCGAGGACUCAGACUCCGCCUCCUCCGUGGGGCCCGAUAAAUCGUUAGCAGCUAAACUCCGAGAGCUCGGGUCGGCCAGCGAAGACGAAGAAGAGACAAAGACAGAAGUGAAGAAGGACGAGAAGGCUCUGUUUGGAAGUGACAGCGACUCCGCAGAGGAUGAAGAGGAGAAAAUGAUCGCAGACAUCUUUGGAGAAUCAGGAGACGAAGAAGAGGAGGAGUUCACUGGCUUUAACCAGGAGGAUCUGGAGCAGGAGAAGAAAGAAACUCCUCAAAAGAAACAACAAGAAGAAGACUCUGACUCGGACGAAGGAGUCGACCGCAGCGGACAGGACAUUAGUUUCAUGUCAGACUUUGACAUCAUGUUGGCCAAGAGAAAAGCCAUGAACAGCAAGAGGCGAAAACAUCGAGACGGAGGAACGUUUAUCAGCGACGCCGACGACGUGGUCAGCGCCAUGAUCAACAAGAUGAACGAGGCUGCCGAGGAGGAUCGAUCUCUAAACAGUCAGAAGAAACCAGCUCUGAAGAAGCUCACGCUCCUGCCUCAGGUCGUGAUGCAUCUGAAAAAGCAGGACUUAAAGGAGACGUUCAUCGACAGUGGGGUCAUGUCAGCCAUUAAAGAGUGGAUCAGCCCUCUGCCAGACAAGUCUCUGCCCGCGCUCAGGAUCAGAGAGGAACUGCUCCGAAUACUACAGGAGCUGCCCAGUGUGAGCCAGGAGACGCUGAAGCACAGUGGGAUCGGACGAGCCGUGAUGUUUCUGUACAAACAUCCCAAAGAGUCAAGAACCAACAAAGACCUGGCUCUGAAGCUCAUCAACGAGUGGUCACGGCCGAUCUUUGGGCUCACGUCAAAUUACAAAGGAAUGACACGAGAAGAGCGACAACAGAGAGACCUGGACCAGCAAAUGCCCCAGAGACGCAGGCUCAGUUCUGGAGGUCAGACGCCGCGCCGUGACUUGGAGAAGCAGCUGACUGGAGAGGAGAAAGCCCUGCGACCAGGAGAUCCGGGGUUCUGCGCCCGAGCCCGAGUUCCCAUGCCGUCCAACAAAGACUAUGUGGUCCGACCCAAGUGGAACGUGGAGGGAGACUCGAGCCGGGGUCCAGUGAAAAAAGGCCUUUCUCGUGUGGACAAACAGAUGCGUCGGUUCCAGGACAUUCGGCGUCUCACUAAAACAGGUCACGCCGUAAAGAUCAGCGUGGAGGGAAACAGGAUGCCACUUUGAUUAUUCACUUUUAUUUUAGAAUUUAAAUUUUUUAAGUUUUUUAAAUGUUUUUUGGGUAAAAGUGUAAAAGUGUCUGCUGUGAUCCAUGUGGAAUAAACAGUGGGUACAAUCAUCCGAGUCAUUUGUCAGUGAUGGAAGCUAAUUGGAGGCACUGAUCUGCCUGAAGCUCAAAUAACAUUAUAUUCACUAGCUAGCAUUAGCAUUAGCCAACAG